CUAGGUACCUAGCUAAUGUAUUGGGACCUCUUUUGAAAAACAAUGAGUCCUCCUGCCAGGAUAAUGUAACGGGAGGGUCCAGGUCCAGGCAGACUUGACCAUGGGAGCCAACACUUCAAGCAAACCACCAGUGUUUGAUGAAAAUGAGGAUGUCAACUUUGACCACUUUGAAAUUUUGCGAGCCAUUGGGAAAGGCAGUUUUGGGAAGGUCUGCAUUGUACAGAAGAAUGACACCAAGAAAAUGUAUGCAAUGAAGUACAUGAACAAACAAAAGUGUGUGGAGCGCAACGAAGUGAGGAACGUUUUCAAGGAACUCCAGAUCAUGCAGGGUCUGGAGCAUCCUUUCCUGGUUAAUUUGUGGUAUUCCUUCCAAGAUGAGGAAGACAUGUUCAUGGUGGUAGACCUCUUGCUGGGUGGCGACCUGCGUUAUCACCUGCAGCAGAAUGUUCGCUUCCAGGAAGACACUGUGAAGCUCUUCAUCUGUGAGCUUGCCAUGGCCCUGGACUACCUGCAGAGCCAACGCAUCAUUCAUAGGGAUAUGAAGCCUGACAAUAUCUUACUUGAUGAACAUGGGCAUGUGCAUAUCACAGACUUCAACAUCGCAGCAGUGCUGCCCAGGGAGAUGCGGAUCACCACCAUGGCUGGCACCAAGCCUUACAUGGCACCUGAGAUGUUCAAUUCCAGAAGAGAAACUGGCUAUUCCUUUGCCAUUGACUGGUGGUCCCUGGGUGUGACAGCAUAUGAGCUGCUAAGAGGCCGGAGACCAUAUCAUAUUCGCUCCAGUACUUCUAGCAAGGAAAUAGUGCACAUGUUCGAGACUGCUAUUGUAACUUACCCUUCUGCCUGGUCACAGGAAAUGAUAUCGCUUCUUAAAAAGUUACUUGAGCCCAAUCCAGACCAACGAUUUUCUCACUUGUCUGAUGUUCAGAACUUUCCAUAUAUGAAUGAUAUGAACUGGGAUGCAGUUUUUCAGAAGAGGCUCAUUCCAGGUUUUAUUCCUAAUAAAGGCAGGCUGAAUUGUGACCCCACCUUUGAACUUGAAGAAAUGAUUUUGGAGUCCAAACCUCUUCACAAGAAAAAGAAGCGUCUAGCAAAGAAGGAGAAGGAGAUGAGGAAAUGUGACUCUUCCCAGACAUGCCUUCUUCAAGAGCACCUUGAAAAUGUCCAGAAGGAGUUCAUCAUUUUCAACAGAGAAAAAGUAAAAAGGGACUUUAUCCAAAGGCAAGCAAAUCUAGUCUUGGAACAAACCAAAGACCCACAAGAGGAGGAUGGACAGAAUAACAACCUGUGA